CUUAUUUCUGUGGUGGCUGAAAGAGGGGACACACCAAUGAACUUAGACACUGUGAACAGGGCGGUAGUGUGGGCAUCUUGCGUACAAGUGCAUGAACAGGAGAGGUGGAUGACCACCUCUUAUGCCUUUUAUAAAAGAGGCAGGCACAGAGAGUUAAAUUCUUCAUGAGCACCAGAGAGACAGCGACAGAGAAGCUGCGUGUUGGAGGGGCCGACUUCAAAGAGCAGCAGGUCAUCUGACAGCGUUGGCCUCUAACAACUCACCCCAGCACCCAGCACCCAGCACCCAGCAUGCGGAAAGAGUGGGGGAGUAAGAGGUUGCUGCUAUAAAAAAAAAAAAAAAGAGCCACAGUAGAGCUUCAGCUGCCAUCAAAGGUUAGCUUGCCACCUAAAGCACAGCAACAUCAACAGCAACAGCACCUGUAGCUGCUGCCCAGCGGGUGAAAGAGGAGGAAACAGCACCCAGCACCGAGGCCAGCAGUCAGUGGCGGAAAGAGCUCCCUGGGCAGGAGCCAUGGCCUGGCUGCCUUCCUGCUGGCUGUGGGUUCUGGUGACUCUGGUGGGGCUCUCUGCUACCCUAGCCUCUCAGGGCUGCCCGAAGAAGCACUACUGGGCUCAGGGAAAAUGGUGUUGCCAGAUGUGUGAGCCAGGGAUGUUCCUCGAGAAGCACUGUGAGGGGAACGGAAAGGCUGCUCAGUGUCGUCCGUGUGUGCCAGGGAUCUCCUACUCACCAGACCACAGCUCCCGGCCCCACUGUGAAAAUUGUCGGCACUGUAACUCUGGUCAUGUCAUUCGAAACUGCACCCUCACCACCAACACUGUGUGUGCCUGCCCCAAGGGCCAGGAGUGCAGGGACAAGGAGUGCACCGACUGUGACCCCGUUCCAGGCCCCUCGCUGACCCCUCGUCUAUCACAGGCUCCAGACCCACACCCCACCCACUUACCUUAUGCCAAAAAAGUGCUGGAGGCCAGGACAGCCAGGCAUGCACAGACUCUGGCUGACUUCAGCCCACCUGCCCCAGCUCUCUCCACUCAUUGGCCACGUGAGUUUCCUCCACAUUCCCCACCCCAGGAGAGAAUGCAUACAGGAGAGUCCAAGAGAGAAGCCAGCCAGACAGUAACUAGGAGAGCAGCCCAGAGGUCCCCGUGCAGCUCAGAAUGCAUCCGCAUCUUUGUGAUCCUGUCUGGAAUGUUGCUUGUUUUCACCGUGGUCGGAGCCCUGUUCCUCCAUCAACAACGAAAAUAUGGACUAAACAAAGGAGAAAAUCCGGGGGUGCCUGCUGAGCCUUGUCCUUACAGCUGUCCCAGGGAGGAGGAAGGUGAAGCCAUCCCCAUCCAAGAGGAUUACCGAAAACCUGAGCCUGACUCCUACCUCUGAGCCAGCAGUCCCCGGAGGGGUCACCACAGCAACAAAGGCCUAGCUUCCAGCACAGCCCACUGACCAUCCAGAAGCAGUGAGACCUGGCACUCCCAAUCUCAGCAGCAUGCCCUCAUCAGGACUCUCUCCUGUGUGCAGACUUGAGAAAGUGCCUUUGAGACCGGCAGUGAUGAGGACCCAUGGGAGGACCAGGGUGGGAAGCAGGAUGUGUCCUGGCCCAGCCAGCUUUGCCUCGGUUCCUGGGUUCCAGUUAUAAAGCACACUUAAGCCUAGACAGCCCCAUGUGAUGUAUUUGGAACCUCUGCAAAAUAAAGUGACAAACUGAU